UUUUUCCGGCUACUGUAGGCUUAAGCAUCUGAUGUCAGGCACUUCUGGCAUUCCUUUAGAUCUCUGUUAGAGCUUUUAAUAUGUGCCUCAGGCAAGCAUCACUUUACAUUAGGUUAUGGCCGUAAAAUUUAAGUAUCGAACUUUGGUGCAUAGCUUAUUUGUGCCAUGGACAUAAAUGAGACCCUGUACUGCACAGGUUAUUGAGGAUAGGUUUGAUUAUACUAUCCUAAAGACAUAUUGAUGGAGGAGUUAGACACAGGAGUGCCUCAGGCCAGUAAAUAACCAUUCAGAACACCCACUUUGCUUCAGAACUCAGUUUUUACAUUUGAGUUUUAUUGUGCAAAAGUUAACAGAAACAUGUCAGAUUUGCAUUUGUACAAUUUUUGCAUUUGGUGCAUUUUAUGCAAAGUGAAGUGCAUUGCAUUCAAGGUACAUUUUAGCAAGUAAUUUUCAUUUUUGGAUGAAUCACUGCCUACCACUUGGGCUUUCUUUUUUUUAGAAUAUUGGAUUUUAGAUUUAUAUAUUAAAAAUAGUGAGCAAAUGUUGUGCUUUUUCACUGACCUCUAUUAUAGAUCAGUGGGCAUUUCCUACUUUGAACCAAUGCAUGUGAGUCUGUUCACAUGUUUAAGUGACAUCACUCACUACAUUCUGACACAUGACUAAUCAUUAAAAGAUGUGACUUGGGAGGAGUUAUGAGUGAGUCUAAAGUUUACUUUCUGUUUCAGAUCUUUUUAACAGUGUGUAUGUAUAUAUCUUUGACAAAAGGUUUUUGUGGUUUUAUUAUCAUGCUGUAAGGUUUCUCACACUGGGAAUCAUGGAGGAGAGCUUCCCGUUUCAUUACUCUUUAUUGGAAUACCUGUUUACGUUGGUGGGACUGUAAUUGUUCCUGCUGGAUAUAGCGUUGGACAUUUGGACGGUUGUGUCAUUUUAUCAGGAUGGGGCCAAUGUGUAUAUGGCAGUGAUGAUCUUUCUGCUGCUGGGCUCUUCAGUGUUGUCACAGGUGUUCAGCUGGCUCUGGUACUUUGAUUCACUGGACAAGAUUGAGAGUAAGGUGGAGAAAUUUACAGACAGGCAUUCACUGAUCAAACCAUUCCACUUCCUGCAGCUCGGAGUCUACCUCAAGUAUGCUGGGGUGAUAGAGACCUCUACGAGGGAUUUUCGUCAUCACACUACUGGUUUCAGAGAGGGUAUGGCUUUGUUCCUGAACCAAGACCUUCAGAUGCUUCGUCUAUUUGAGACAUUUUCUGAAAACGCCCCACAACUCUUACUCAUGAUGUCUAUAAUCCUACAGAGAGCAGAGCUGGAGCUCAUUACAGGUUUGAAAAUCCUCACAUCAACUGCUGCAAUUGCCAGUAACGUUACUGUGUACCACCGCAGCAUGCGUAUUUAUCUUCCUGAAAAACACGAGAUGAGUUGGAUCUCCACUGGCAUCUACUUCCUGUGGAACUUGUUGGUGAUUAUUCCCCGUGUAACUGCUCUGGCACUCUUCUGCAGUGUAUUGCCAUGCUACAUCAUCGCUCACUUCCUGUCCCUGUGGAUGCUACUGGUUUUAGUGGCCUGGAGCCAGAAAACAGAUUACAUGAAAAGUCCUGGUUGGGAAUGGCUCUUCAGAGCGGCUGUUGGACUCAUCUGGUACUUCUGCUGGUUUAAUGUAACAAAAAAAAGCGUCAAAUUAAAGAUGGCUCUCUAUUACAGUGUCAUGGCUUUGGACACAGUGAUGCUGCUGGGCUUCUGGUGCUGGAAGGUGUUUGAGUAUGCAGGCUGCUGGAGCUCCUUAAAUCCUUAUAUGGUGAUCCCAACACUACUAGUUUUGUACGUCAUUGGAAUACUUGUGAAAAUUAUAUAUUACAAAAGGUUUCAUCCCAACGGUGAUAAAGAGAAAAUCGCUGGACCCACUGAAGGGAAGUACAGAAGAGCUGCAACAUAUGACAUGGACACAGACUUGACCCCAGAAGACCUCGCUCCUGCGAAGCCUUUGACAGGAGUCCUCAAGAGGAGCAGGACCAUGGCUGCUAAUUUCUACUUCUAGCUCUUGGUUGAACCUUUAAAGUUAAGGUUUUAUUUAUAAAAAAAAAAAAAAAAUCAUAUUUUCUAAUGUUAUGUUCAUAUAUCCGAUGGUGUUUUGAUGAUGUUAUUACAUUCACACAAAUUUCACAGGUCUGUUUCGGUGGCUUUAGAAAAGCACAGACAAUGUUGUUCUGUUUGUUCAAACUCUUUGCUAAUUAAAAUUGACAAUUCUAUAUUACAACCAAAAUCAAAAGAUUUUGGGUUUAAAUGUGUCCAGGAGAUGUUUUCAUUCACACAAUUAUGAGUCAGAGAUGAACAAGCCAAGCAGGUAGGCCAGCCUCAAAGUAUUUAAUGAACGUCACUUACACAAAACCAUAAACAGUGUAGGUACAGAGAUUUGCUUCUUCAGCCGGUUUCAAUAAGCCAGAAGUUCUCCAACUGAUCUAAAAGCUCAAGCUCAGAGCUAGAUCGAGCAUUUAUUCUCUGGCUAGAAGAGCCAUUACAUCCCUUGAUUGUCUGCAUUAUUAACAAAUCCCAAGAUCUCACAAUGAUAGUGUCACGUAUCUUCAGUUAGUGUAGAUAAUAGACAGUAUACAGGGACUAAAUCUUUUUUUGUUUUCCUGAAAAAUGCAGGAAACAAAGUAGGACAUGGGGGAAAGAAGCACCAGAAGAGCAGUUUUUUUAUGAUUCAAGUUAAAGAACAACAGCAUCUGAUUGGCUGAGCUAUGGAGAAAAUGAUUUCUACAGAAAAGAAGUCAGAGCACAUCAAAAGUACCAAACUAAAAGAAAACAACAGAUAACAGCAUAGGUCUAUUUGUCAAAGGUAACACUUCACCAGAAAAACAAACAAUACAAACAUAUGUUUGUCAUAUUUCAGUAAUUCCCUUUUAAGAUAAUACAAACUUACUGAAUGCUGAUUAUAGUUAAAAGGCACAAUAUAAAUAUAUACAGGGGGAAAAAAACACAGACACACACACAUCUAUGCAAACAAACGAAGAUUACACAUUCUUAAUUGUCAAAGCUGCUUGAGUAAAAAUGCUUUUUCUUCAGGCUCAGUAAUGUUCAGUCAAAAUCUCGCAGCGGUUAGGAAUCUUACACCCAAACCGGCUCGUAAAACCACCUUCAACCAAAAUUGAAAAUCAAUUAUCUCUGACCAGAAAUGUAUUGCACACUAUCACACAGUUUUUCUCCCAAACAUG